AUGAUGUGGGGUUUCCGGCAUCUGGACACGCUGGAGGCGAGAACGACCCGGGUUCAGUACCUGCGGGCGCUGCUCGACUUCACGAGAUGGUGCUGCGCGAACCUUCCAAGACAGCAAACUGCCAGAGUCAAGGGGGACGGCGUGCUGGAACACGAGGACGAGAUAGGGAGGUACAUCGACGAAGACAUGGGUGAUCAGUGGCACACCGCCAAGGGCGACCUACAAUGGAUGCACGGUCCCCGCGUCAACGCCACGCGGAUCAGGGCGUACAUUCUGUCAAUCGCGAGGCAGCAUGGUAUUGCAAAGGCCGAGGAGCUGAAUCCCGACGUCCGUGUCCAGCCCCUGAAGCCGACAACCGUUUCGAUGGCGCUCAUCCGCAUCAAAGCGCUCCAGACAACCUGCAAGGUCGAGGGGACGCUCUUCGGGGUGAAGGAGCUCCACCUCAUGUACGACAUCUCCGAGGAGCUGGCCAACGACGGCGUUCCGCGAUCUGACAUCGCCGACUUGGGCCACUGGGCGCUCGACAAGCUCGCGAAGAGCUACAUCACGACCAUCCCGAAGGCGACGGUGUUGAGAAAGGCCGGCUACACGGGCAAGCGCGGCGACUACCACCUUGGCCGGAGCAUGGUGAAGCCCGACGACAAGGUGGUGGCCCUCAUCGCCCAGCACAUCAUUCCGUGGGCAGAAGCGGAACUGACCAAGAGUUCCAAGCUCUGCCGCGACCCCGACUUCCAGAAAUGGGCCAAGGACGUCAACCGGGUGGACCUCGAAACCAUCGCGACGCGCAGUACUCCGAGCGAGAACCCCCAAGAGGAAUUCAGCGCGCAAGUCGACGCCGAAUAUCAGGUCGACCAGCUCAACAUGAUGCUGCACCGCCAGAGGGAAGAUGCCGCGAUCGAGAAGCUUGAGAUGCAGAAGAAGUUGGAGGAGAAGGACGCGGAGAUUGCGAAGUUGAUGCAGGCUCUCAAGCUGGCCGAGGCACGGCCGAUGCCGACUACGCCGGCACUGUCAAGGCCGAUGACCGCCGCCGAGAAGGCAGCGUCCGUCAAGAUCGAGAAGGAACAGGACGAUGACCUGACGUACGAGGUCAACGUCGUGCAUCCCUGGCGCACAUCCAAGACAGUCGAGGCUGCAUGGCGCUGGUGGAACAACCCGUCCAACUUCGACUCGCGUCCGUUGCGCGAACGUUACGACGAGCACAGAUUCCUCGUCAGACACACGCGCAUGAUCUGCAAGGUCGAAAAGGGCGACAAAUCCGCCGCGUCGGCGAAGUCGGUGAAGAGCUCUCGUCCCACGACUGAGGUGGGUGAGACGGGGAAAAACGAUGCGCUGCAGCACUGCACUCGCCGGAUGAGGCGGAUCAUGGAAGCGGUGCGCGACUUGCGGCGAAGCGACGACGCCGCUGACACCGCCGCCGUCAUCAAGCUACUCGACCACCUGGGGCGAGCGGGGCUUUCCACUUUCAGCGACGCGCUCUUGGUCCUCCGUGCAACCCCACCCAUCAAAAUCCCCACCACAACUGACGGAAAGUCGGUCGGCAUCAAGGGUCUGGACAAGCCGCUGGCGAGGAAGCUCGCCGUUGCGUGGGGCGUGGUCACGGCGGGCUACAUGGACGCUGACUAG